CUUCAUAUUUCUCUCCUUCCUUUCCACUAAAAACAUCCUCUGCUUCCUCAAUUAAUCAGCUUGCAGUUUCCGGACGGAAAGAUAUGGCGGCAAAUGGUUACGGAGCGAUGAGCGGGAAGGGGUCGAGGAGCGGUGCGUUGAGGAUACAGACACAGAAGAGGCAGGACGGGAUCUGUCACGAUGACAGCACGCGUACGGUUAAGGCGCAGACAAUCGACGAGCUCCAUUCUCUCCAGAGGAAGAGAUCUACGCCGACUACUCCCAUUAACAGCGCUCAGGGUUCCUUCGCCACCCUCUCCGAAGAGGAACGCCAAAAGCUGCAACUCCAAUCCAUCAGUGCAUCUUUGGCGUCGCUGACGCGAGAGACGGGGCCGAAGGUGGUGAGGGGAGAUCCGGCGAAGAGGAUCGAGGGCCAAAAGGUUGUGCACGUGUCGCACUACCAGGUCGAGGCGCCGACCAUUAGCGUCAGUGACAGUUCUCUGAAGUUCACCCAUGUCCUGUACAACCUCUCUCCGGCGGAGUUGUACGAGCAGGCUAUCAAGUAUGAGAAAGGAUCGUUCAUCACAUCCGCCGGUGCGUUGGCCACCCUCUCCGGCGCCAAGACCGGCCGAUCUCCGAGGGAUAAGCGUGUCGUCAAGGAUGAAACCACUGAAUAUGAGCUUUGGUGGGGAAAGGGCUCACCUAACAUUGAAAUGGACGAGCACACUUUCAUGGUGAACAGAGAAAGAGCUGUCGAUUACUUGAAUUCUCUGGAAAAGGUUUAUGUGAAUGACCAAUUCUUGAACUGGGAUCCACAGAACAGAAUCAAAGUCAGGAUUGUAUCUGCUAGAGCUUACCAUUCCUUGUUCAUGCACAAUAUGUGUAUCCGACCCACUCCUGAAGAGCUGGAGAAUUUUGGUACUCCGGACUUCACUAUAUACAAUGCUGGACAGUUCCCAUGUAAUCGUUACACCCACUACAUGACAUCCUCCACUAGCAUAGAUCUUAAUCUUGCUAGGAGGGAAAUGGUUAUCCUCGGCACUCAGUACGCCGGGGAAAUGAAGAAGGGUCUUUUCGGUGUUAUGCAUUAUCUCAUGCCUAAGCGUCAAAUCCUCUCCUUACAUUCUGGCUGCAAUAUGGGGAAAGAUGGAGAUGUUGCCCUCUUCUUUGGACUGUCAGAAGGCUAUAUGUCCUUACUCUACCCUAUGCAUUUUUUGUUUAUUGAUGAAUUCAAUGAUUUUUUUUUAGGUACUGGCAAGACUACUCUGUCUACUGAUCACAAUAGGUAUCUAAUUGGGGAUGAUGAACACUGUUGGAGUGACAAUGGAGUGUCAAAUAUUGAAGGUGGUUGCUACGCCAAGUGCAUCGGUCUCUCAAAAGAGAAGGAGCCGGAUAUUUGGAAUGCCAUUAAGUUUGGCACUGUAUUGGAAAAUGUGGUCUUUGAAGAGCAUGCCCGUGAGGUGGAUUAUUCUGACAAAUCAGUUACAGAGAACACUCGUGCAGCCUACCCCAUUGAAUUCAUCCCUAAUGCAAAGAUACCAUGUGUUGCUCCGCACCCAAAGAAUGUCAUUCUUUUGGCAUGUGAUGCGUUUGGUGUCCUUCCACCGGUCAGCAAGUUGAGCCUGGCUCAAACCAUGUACCAUUUCAUCAGUGGCUACACUGCCCUGGUGGCUGGGACAGAGGAUGGUAUUAAGGAGCCACAGGCAACAUUCUCAGCUUGUUUUGGUGCAGCAUUUAUAAUGAUGCACCCUACAAAGUAUGCAGCGAUGCUGGCUGAGAAAAUGCAGAAGCAUGGUGCAACAGGAUGGCUUGUCAACACUGGCUGGUCAGGUGGAAGCUAUGGCUCUGGAAGCCGUAUCAAGCUACCCCACACUCGGGGGAUCAUUGAUGCCAUACACUCUGGUAGCCUCUUGAAGGCAAACUACAGGAAAACUGAGGUGUUUGGGCUUGAGAUCCCAACUGAGGUUGAGGGAGUGCCUUCAGAAAUCUUGGAUCCACAAAACACUUGGCAGGACAAGAAGGCUUACAAGGAUACCCAGCUGAAAUUGGCUGGUCUUUUCAAGAACAACUUCGAGACCUUCACAAGCUACAAGAUCGGCAAGGACAACAAGCUGACUGAGGAGAUCCUUGCAGCUGGUCCAAACUUCUAAUUGGAGUCAAUGGAGAAGAGAAUCAGAAGAUGAAAUUACUACCCCUGUAAGGGGGGAUACAUGUGACUGAAAUAAGAGUUUUGAUUUAGAUGAAAUACGUUGUCGUCAUUUUCUUGGUUUUAUUUAGCCGUAAAAGGGUUUCCUAUGUUGAAAAACAGUCCAUUUUGAACUCAGGAGGCUCUUUUAUCUUCACCUGUUUUGGCGAUGACUUAUGGUGUGCUUUUUACUUUGAGGUACAAUGCAUGACUGUAAUGUCAAUUUCUCACAAACUAGUCUUAGUGGCCUAAUUAACUUGCACAUUGAUU